ACAAGUAAACUAACUACAUAUGUAGCAUUUUGUCACUCGACAGGUAUGAAAUAUUCAAGCAUAUGCUCCAGAGUGUCUGCCCUCAAUUAUAUAAAUAGAUUGCUUGGUGCAAAGUCUUCAAAACACAGUUUCUUAGUACAAAGAGUGCUUUUGGGUUGUAAAAAAUUUUCUUCGAAUCCUGACAAAAGACAACCCAUUACUAAAUAUCUGUUGAAAAAGCUAGUUUCCAUACUACCCAGUUUAUUCACGUCUUUAUAUAAUGUUACACUAAUUCGGGCUAUGUUCACAAUGGCCUUUUUCGCAUUUCUAAGGGUAGGUGAAUUCACAAAGUCUAGUACUGCCAACCAUACUAUCUCCAACAGCGAUAUAUCUGUUAAUACAAAGAAUUGCAAACCUGUCAGUAUUUCUGUCUCGUUGAGUCAUUUUAAACAUUCAGUUGCCCCAUUCACCAUGAUUUUACAGCGUUUCAAAAACAAGCGAAUAUGUCCAGUUCUUGCAAUUGACACAUUUUCCAGAAUGCGUCCAAAAGUUUUGGGUCCAUUUUUCCUUAAUGAAUCGGGAACCCCAGUUACUACGAAACAAUUCAAUAAGAUUUUGAAAAAAUGUAUUUGUAAGAUUGGGUGCGACCCAAAAUUUUAUACAUCACAUAGUUUUCGAAUUGGAGCUGCCACGUUAGCCCACAGCAAAAAGUACUCAGAUUCUCAAAUACGCAAAUUGGGCAGGUGGCGGUCUAACGCUUUUCAGUCAUAUUUGCGCCCUUCUUCCCUGAUGUUUUGAUUAACGACUGUCUUAUUAUUACACUUUACUCAGAUAUAAUUAUUCUGAUAAAGAACAUGUGCAGAUUUGUUUCAUUGACUGACUGAGGCAGCAAUGAAGCUAAUUUUGAUAACGGGUCAUACAAUAGUCCCAAAGACUUAUAUUUAUAGUGAAAUAAACUAUACUGGACAUUUAGCGAAACUACCUUAUUAUUGGCACGAAGCUGACUACGUUUUUUAUGAUAUUAAAUGGAUGAAUUGAUAUUGUUUUUAAUAUUAAACAUUUGAUUUUACUGGUUUUAACUGGUUUUCAUAGUAGGGAAUUGAUAUAUACAUGUAUUACUGUUUUGAAUAGUCUGCAGAAAGCUACUUUUUCCUACCAAGCAUUAAUUUUGUUGUUGAUGUACAUCUCUUUAUCAUGUAAUUAGGAAAUGUAUGUAUUUUGUUGUAUUUCAUUAAACAUAUAUAGUGAAAUCUAUUUUAUGCUGAAAUCCUUAUUGAAUGAAAUUUUGACUGUCUGAGGCGGCAAAUUUUCAUUAAUAUUAUUUUUAUAAUUGGCUAUUUAGUUUUUACAUGUAAUUAAGAAAUUUAUGUAUUUUGUUGUAUUUCAUGAAACAUAUGUAGUGAAAUCUAUUUCAUGCUGAAAUCUUUAUUUAAUGAAAUUUUGACUGUUUGAGGCGGCAAAUUUUCAUUAAUAUUAUUUUAUAAUUGGCUAUUUAGUUUUUACAUGUAAUUAAGAAAUUUAUGUAUUUUGUUGUAUUUCAUGAAACAUAUACAGUGAAAUCUAUUUCAUGCUGAAAUCUUUAUUUAAUGAAAUUUUGACUGUUUGAGGCGGCAAAUUUUCAUUAAUAUUAUUUUAUAAUUGACUAUUUAGUUUUUACAAAAAUAAUUUUGUUACUGUUGUUUACCAUAAUUUUAUAAACUCAUGGCAUGCUAACUUGAAGUAGCUCAAAUGAUAUUAUUAAGCAUGGAUGUCAAAUAUGUCGUAUGUACUAGUCAGCAUUGUUUUUAAAAAAUUUGACAUAAUUUUUAUACAACAAUGUAUUAUUCUCAUUAUACAUGAAUAUAAUUUGGCCCCAUGAUACUAAAUGCUCUUUUGUAAAUGAAAUUUGCGUCACUCAACAAAAUCCAAUUGAUCUACAGGUUCUAGAGUUUGCUUGUCUGGGCGGGUAUAAAGUUCUGAAUUCUCAGGUCUUUAUCCUAUGGCGUAUUUUUAUGCCCAGAUAAAACAUAAUAACAUUUUAUUGUGUACUAUUUCUAGU